GAAUGGGGAAAGACAGUCGCGCCGAGACCAAGAAGCGCGUCGGACCACGCAACGGAACCGCGAGAUCUCUGGGUAGCACGUGACGCGCCUCGACACACGCGAAACCCGAUCGUUCUCAAGACUGCUCGGUUGCCUGCCGUGGAUCAACCGAUAUCGAUCCGUUUCCGCUUCGUUUCGCGCGAUUAAUUUCUAACGUCGUGCGAUAUCGUCAUCCGAGGAGGGAAAAUUCCGAAAGGACAACAGCGAACGGAGCCGCUCUACGAUGUAAAUUCACAAACAGGGAUUCCAUCGUUUUAAUUGAGAACAAUCGAGGGUCCGCGAUGUUCGCUUUUCCCACGAGCUGAUAGAAAGUGCCGACAGGGAAUGGUGGAGCAGCAUCGGGUGUGUUCUAGGAGACUGUGACAAAUGCGCGGAGUAUGACGUCAAAUGCGAUUAGAGGCAUUCGGAGGAAGAAGAGUUCGCUGUGCGAGGUGAAGGUAGCUGUGAUCGGAGCACCAGGAGUCGGGAAAAGUGCAUUGACAGUGAGGUUUCUAACAAGGAGAUACAUCGGGGAAUAUGAUCACCAGUCAGAGAACAGAUACAAACACGAGGUGUUGGUCGACGGUGAACCUAUUCUUUUCGAAAUUUUGGAUACCUGCCCGAAGACCGAAGACGAAUUGCCAUCGACGGAGACUCUACAAUGGGCAGAUGGAUUACUUUUAGUCUACUCGAUAACCGAAAGGGGUUCGUUCAAUUUCGUGAGGAAGGCAAAAGAAACGCUCGCUGUGGCUGAUCCAGAGGCUACGAUGCCCCUUGCUUUGGUUGGAAACAAAGCUGACAUGGUUCACUUAAGACAAGUUAGCACCGAAGAGGGAGAGAUACUUGCGAAAGACUUUGAAUGCUGGUUCAGCGAAGUGUCUGCCGCUGAACAAGUCACCCAAGUCGCUGAGUCUUUCCACGAAUUGUGUCGAGAAGUUUUGGCAGCUAGAAGGAGAAACAAGCAAUCUUUAUUGGAUAGAAUGCUCGGGAGCAAAGCGACGCGUGCUUAUUCACGAGGGAAAAGUGAUUCGGCGCUUCCAAAGGAUUGAUAUUUGAAUUGCUUUAUUUAUUAAUAUUGAAAUACAAUAUUAACGCUAGAUUUACGGACCACGGUUAGUUUGACCCACUCCAAAUUUUGCAAGAAAAGUUACAAAAACCGUUUACACUUUUUGCUGACUUUUAUCUAUACAUAUAAAGAAACAAGCUUAUAUUCAAAUUUAUUUUUGUCUAAGCCUUCUAACUAAUUCUAGUAAAUUAAUUUCACUGAUGAAAGCAAUAUGUACCUUAGUAAUAGAAAUCUGAUAUCUCCGUAAAGCUAGCGUUAAAAAAAAAAUAUGCACGAGAGAGUUUACCGUGGUGAUAAUUUUUAAACAAAAUUUUCGUCGUAAUCUUAAAAAUUGAAAGCAAAUUGCAUAUAUAUAUUAUGCAUACACGCGUACUUAUCACUGCAAUUAUAAGUACCAAAGAUUUGUAUACUAUCAUAUAACGUUUACAAUUUUUCUAACAAUAUUAUAUAAAUUCUAUACUAUAUACGAUUUGAAAAAUUCAUGUUAAACAAAUUCAUUGAGUCAGUAGCAACAUAAAUAUCAUUUUUUUUACUAUAUUGUCACACUUUUCAAUUUGUUUCAAUGUAGAUUACACUUGACAUUAAUUUACGUAAAAAUAGUGUUAGAUUAUAGUUACUCGAAACAAAAUUGAAUGUUCAAUGUUUUCACAGUGUGAAAUGUAUGGCUUGUUCGUUUGACGAGGCGGAUUUUAAACAUGACUUAUAUGUUAGAUGUGGAAACUGAUCUAUAUUUAUUUUGUACUUACAAUGAAAGUUAUGACAAUAAAUAUUUUACUUAUUUAUUA